AUGGCUAUCAACUCCGCACCCGAAUCUUCCCUCCUCUCCCUUCUCUACCGGUCAUACCCGGGCGCCAUUUCUCCAGACACCCCCGAGCUCGACCUCCACACCUCGACCCCGAAAAUCUUCCCGCACACCAAGUUUUCCGUCGCUGAGGAGGCCGACAUCAAGCAAUGGCUGGCCACGAUCACCGGUCUGCAGCACGCCCAGGCCAAGGACGACAAGACGGUCACCUCCACCAUUCUCGGCCAGGUGAACACUCACCUGGCCACCCACACCACCCUGUUGGGCGCUAAGCCCUCCGUCGCUGACAUUGCCGUCUACGCUUCGGUCGCCCCUCUUGUCGAGAAGUGGUCCCCUGAGGAGCGCACCGGCGAACAGGGCUACCACCACAUCGUCCGCUAUAUCGACUUUGUCCAGAACAGCCCGCUGUUCUCGCUGCAGAUCCCCGAGGAGGAGAAAGUUGCCAUCGACGUGAAUGACGUGCGCUUCGUGCCCAAGCCCGUCGACCCCAAGGCCGAGAAGGAGCGCAAGAAGAAGGAGAAGGCUGCCGCCGCUGCUGCUGCUGCUGGCGGUCCCGACGCCGGCAAGCCCCUCGUCGUCGGCAAGGGCAAGCCCUCCGCCGAGAAGAAGAACAAGGUCGAUGCCGCUGCUGCUCCUGCUCCUGCUGCUGAGACCCCUGCUGCCGGUGCCAAACCCGAAGGCGGCAAGCCCAAGAAGGAGAAGAAGGAGAAGCAGCCCAAGCAACCCAAGGCGGCGCCCGCGCCCGCCGGGCCUCCCUCCCCCUCCAUCAUCGACCUCCGUGUCGGCCACAUCCUCCGCGCCAUCAACCACCCCAACGCCGAUUCGCUGUUCGUCUCGACGAUCGACUGCGGCGACGCCCCCGGCACCGAGAACACUUCCUUGGACGAGGCGACGGGUAAGACCGUCCGCACCGUCUGCUCUGGCCUCAACGGCCUCAUUCCCCUCGAGGAGAUGCAGGGCCGCAAGAUCGUUGCUGUCUGCAACCUGAAGCCUGUCACCAUGCGCGGCAUCAAGUCCGUCGCCAUGGUGCUGGCUGCCUCUCCCCGCGUCGCCGAGGGCGAGGACUCCCACGCCUGCCCCGUCGAGCUCGUCAGCCCGCCCGCUGACGCCCCCGCCGGUGAGCGCGUUACCUUCGAGGGCUGGUCCGAGGGCGAGCCUGAGAAGGUCCUCAAUCCCAAGAAGAAGGUCUGGGAGACCUUCCAGCCCGGUUUCACCACCACCGAUAACCUGGAGGUCGCCUUCGAGAGCGCCGCCGUCCCCGUCGUGCACGGUCAGGAGGGUAAGCCCGCUCUCGGUCUGUUGAAGACCGCCUCCGGCGGUCUUUGCACUGUCAAGAGCUUGAAGGGUGCUACCGUUCGGUAA